AAACAUGCCUGAGGCAACCAUAAAAGAACUCCAAGACAAAAUCAACGCCUUGAGCGGGAUCGUUGAAAAGCAGUCGGUGCUUAUCUCCAAGACGGGGCAGCAGUUGAUCGAAAUGCAGGUCAAAAAUGUCAAGCGUAGCAUGAAAGAUACGGGCUCGUCUACGCCCGCUGCCAAUGUUGACAUGUCUGACUACGUGACAAACGAAGAUAUCGUGCAGUUGGUGGGUGAACUACAGUCGCAGUUGGACUUGGUAGAGGACCGAUCCAUCAGCCGAUUGUUCAAUGCGAGCUUGGAUAAAGACAGCCAGUUGAUCCAUAUCAUUCCUAAUAGAGAUGGGGAAAUCACCGAUUUGUUCCCCCAGACGUUGGCAGAUUUCCGUGCAUUGGACAAAAGUGACGUGAUCCAGUUGUGUGAGUUCUACGAGUUGAUUACGCCUGGUGCCGAAAACUUGGACAAGUUGCUCAGUGAUACGACGCUGGAGACAGUUGCUCAGGCUCACCAGGUAUUGGACAGUGGGGCGGAGGCGAAGUUGAAGGCGAGUGACGAGGAAGUGAAGGGGAUGAAGAAGGAGUUGGCCCGGUACUUUGGGUUGGUGAAGUAUGAGGAGAGUAGCUGAAGUGGUGGUCUUCAAAGCAAUAUAAGCUGUGGUGGUCUUCAGAGCAAUAUAAGCUAUGACACUGAAAUGGAGUUGUGAAUCAACCUGACGGGUGUCAACCUGACCUAUACACCCACCGAAGUUCUGACAUAUACACCACACUCAUACACCCCCUGUCAACCGUGUAUAUAUAUCAACUACAUAUCAACCAUUGCAAAUUCUUCCUCACUCAAAUCAUGUUCGCAUUUGAAAUUGAAAAUCUCUAACGUGUACACCAUGGACGAAGAAAACCCACAAUCACAAAUAAAUAUCUCGGUGUUCACGCCCAUAAUCUACUUGUGUAUCUUGCUAUCAUGUUUCAUUGCAUUCUCGGUCAUCUACAGGCGUAGAAGAGUCAAUAACUUGGCCAAGGUGGUACCUAUUUUCGAAGAAAACCACUCCGCUAAUGUGUAUGCAUUUUUGAACAGCCAGUAUUCGGAUCCCGAAUUGCCCAAGGAUCAGAAACCUCAUGAAAAGGUCAUGAAGGCCGCGUUGUUGAGAAGAGGUGUCGAGGCCAUAAGAAGGUCGUUGAGAUUGAAAGAAGCAGAACCCGUCUAUAAAACUUUAUACCAGGACGGCUUGAUUGGAGACGACGUGUUCCAACAGUUUAACAUUCAGCUCAAACUCCAGGAAUUGGAAAUCAAUGAAAUCGUCCAGCAGUGUGAAUCGUUCAAAAAGAACUGGGCCCAGCUGUUCUUUAAAGUGGCACAAGAAAUCUGCUUUAAUGAAGCUUUGAGAAGAAGAUUGUACUCCAUGUCCGAAAGAAAGGUCGACUUGUCGGAAGUGUGGGAGUACUACGCCGACAAGUCCGAGACAGAGGUGGCCAAGAAGAUUGAUUCUAUAGAGCCACCACUGGGAGCUUCUGGAGUGGAAGUGUCGAGUUCCAAGGCCAAGAAGAACAAGAACAAGAAGAAGGCAUAAACAGAACACAUUCCCACAUAUAGCCAUAGUACACUUAUCGCUCUAAUAUAGCUACCGGUCGCACCGUCU